AUGGCAUUAUAUGCAAUUAAUAAGAAGUUCCGGUUUCGUAACAUCAGAUCAGCACCAAAUGGAAUGGUUUUAAGAUGUUUUAGCUCCAACUGUCAGUGGAGGGUAUACGCCACAAAGUUAAAAGACUCGGACGUCUACGAGAUAAGAAAACUCGAUCCCAUACACACAUGCUCUGUGGAUGAUAGAUCCGGUUAUCAGUCUCAAGUUACACAUCAUGCUGUUGGAGAGAUAAUGAAAGCUCAUUUCAAUGGUAGUGGCGGUGGUCCAAAGCCUGGAGAGAUACGUCAAGUCAUGCAAGGAGACCACGAUGUCCGUAUAUCCUACUGGAAGGCUUGGCGUUCAAGGGAAAUUGCUUUGGAAUAUGCCAAAGGAAACUCAAGAGGCUCUUACAAUCUACUUCCUGAUUACCUCCGUAAACUAGCACAAGCAAACCCUGGAACCUUAGCCGAGAUAGAAACUGAAUACAAGGACAAUAUAGGAAACAGGUUUAAAUACUUGUUUCUAGCUAUGGGUGCUUCUAUUAUGGGAUUUGAGUACAUGAGAAAAGUUGUAGUUGUCGAUGGAACCAAUUUGAGAGGAAAAUAUGCUGGGUGUCUUCUAACUGUUUCUACCCAAGACGGCAAUUACCAAGUGUUUCCACUAGCCAUUGCUAUCGUCGACGGAGAAAACGAUAACUCGUGGGAGUGGUUCUUCAAAAAGUUACAAGCAUUUGUUCCAAAUUCAAACGAUGUAGUGUUUGUAUCUGAUAGACAUGCAUCCAUCUAUUACGGAUUGGCCAAGGUUUAUCCUGAAGCGAGACACUGUGCAUGCAUUCUUCAUUUAAAGAGAAAUAUCAGGACUUAUUACAAGGAUAAGAAUCUAGGAUUCUUGGUUGCAAAGGCUGGAAGGGCAUAUAGGUUGGCUGACUUCUACAAGAUUUUCAAUGAGAUAAAACGUGUCAAUGCCUCUUGUGCAGAUUAUCUAAUUGGAAUUGGAUUUGAGCAUUGGGCGCGUUCCCAUUUCCCUGGACGUCGUUACAAUAUUAUGACGAGUAAAGUUUCGGAAUCAUGGAAUGCAGUGCUUCGUGAAGCCAGAGAAUACCCUAUAUUGGCUCUUAUAGAAUUUAUCAGAGCAAAGCUAAUGUCUUGGUUUUCUGCUAGGGGUUCAACAAUCUCAAUAAAUUUAGACAAAUUCACACCGAGAGUAAUGGAAAUUCUCGCUGUUAAUUUCGAGUCUUCGGCAGGUUUUGAAGCGAAGAAGAUAAAAUACUUGGAGUAUGAAGUACGGAACAAGGAAGGGUAUUCAUUCCACGUCGACAUUUCCAAACGUUUUUGUAGUUGUUUUGAGUUUCAACUCCUCGAAAUUCCUUGUCAACAUGCAAUAGCAGCAGCCAUCGUAGCCAAGAUAAAAGUCGAUUCAUUGGUAGCUGAAGAGUACACGAAGAAUGCAACGUUUCCUGCGUAUGUGGGUAGUGUCACUCCAGUGAUUGAUACCGAUGAUAUCAUAGAACUCAGUGGUCAAUUGUCCGAGUUAGAUAUGCUUCCUCCGUCUACCAAGCGUCUCCCUGGCCGUCCACGCAAGAAACAUUUUCUAUCUCGUGGGGAAGUUCGUAUGAAGACACCACGAAGACGAACUGUAUGUAGUCGUUGCAAAGGUUGUGGUCACAAUCGUGCAACGUGCAAAACUCCUAUCAGUUAA